AUGCCGUUCUCUCCUCCUUCUGGAACUCUUGCCCUUGAUGGUCGGGACCUCGUCUUGCAGCCACUCCCGGACCUCCAGGUCGGCCCCGGAAGCACCAAAAGUGGUGCUAUUCACGACGUAUUUUUUGUUGGACAAUUGGCCCCAUGGCCUAAUUUCAUAAAUGAUGUCGAGAAUUGCUUCCGCCUCUUCCCAUGGGCAACUUCGGUUGUCGACGUCCACGAGCCCUUGCCAGCGCUCCCCCAUAGCCUGUCCUAUGAGCAGACGUACGUUGGUGACGAGCACUCAGUACAAGGUAGAUUUACCCAGCUCAUAGGACAGGCUAUGGGGGGUAUAUUUCUAUCGCAAGGUCUCGAUAUUCGUUUGGGUGACUUCAAGUCCUGUACUGUCGAAAAGGAGUAUCAAAAGGUCCCCGAUACUAUGAUGCGCAAUGCAGCAGGAGCACCACUGGUGGUGGGUGAGGAAAAGACCCCUUGGGCAAGACCACACGACAUCCGGCAGCCAGCAAUGUACAUGAGGGAUCUGGAAUUGAAGUUUGGCUUCAUAAGCACAUACGAACAGACGGUAUUCUUUUGUCAAGACGAUUCAGUUGGAAACAAUCAGACCGUCCUCCUCUACUCGCCUGUUAUCGAGCAUAACUGGGGAUACAUCCCAGGCCGAACCGUGACACUGAAACAAGCGAUGUUUUACCUGGGCUUGCAGGCGUCAGCAGCCCCUCAUUUUACAACUUCUGAGUCGAGAACUACCGGAUGGGUCACCAAUGGAGACGGGGAGAAGCUCUAG